AAUCCCUGGAUUCAGCACUGCCAACUCCAGCUCCGAUGACCAAUCUCCGCCCACGGCGUGUCUUCUGAUGUUUAUCUCUCUACCGCUCUUACCCUCUCCUGCAGUCGCCUCUCGCGCGUGGCAUCACCGCACCUCUCUCUCCGUCACACACUCCUAUCCACUCUCGUCGACUCCUUUUACUUCUCUCUUCAAAUCCUGUCUCGGGCGACAAUCUCCGAUUUCCAUGUCCUCCAACGGCCUCCGAUUAACUUCUUCAGCUAAGCAGCUAGAUUUCCGGGAAUUGAAAAAUGAAUCCGAUUUUGAAACUCUUUUGUCACCCGAUGGCUACCUGUCCAUCUGCGGCUUCGGAUCCCUCCUAUCCGAGAGAAGUGCCAGAAGUACGUUCCCGGAUUUGGUGAACUUCAGAGUUGCGAGAUUGAAUGGGUUUCGACGGGUGUUUGCUCACGUAGCUCCGGUGUUCUUUGAGCGUGGCAUUGCCAAGCCAGAAACUGAGGAGAUUUCCAGCUUGAGCGUGGAGCCAUGUGCAGGAGAAACUCUUGUUGUAACAGUUUUUGAGAUCACAAAAUCAGAGAUUCCAGCUUUUAUGAGGAGGGAGCUUGAGUUUCGGUUUCUUGCUGUUCUUCCUGAAACGCUUGAUGGGACAUCUUUUGACAAUCCAGCGGUCCUUUGUGCCCGUUAUAGUGAUGAAGAGUUUUUCAACAUUAGAUGUAAAGGAAGCAAGGAAAUCUAUUUUCAGCAAUACGGACGGUGGAAUAUUGAUAGGAUUUGGAGAGAUGAUGUCUUACCUUGUCGUGUUUAUCUUCGACACUGUGUAUUGGCUGCAAAGAAUCUUGGUGACGUGGCUUACAACAAUUUUAUGGAUCACACCUACCUAGCCGACCGUAAAACAACAAUUCGCGAGUAUUUGGCAACAACAGGUUCUGGGAUCAUGGAAGAGAAACCUCCAGAUUCCCUCAGGCAACGCUAUGGUGGUUGAUAAUCUAAAUUGUAAUAUUCCAUUCGCUACAAACAUAUUUCUGACAUGUUAAGUGGUGGUAGUUAGAAAGAGGUGUUGACCGUCGUGAUUUAGUUAUGAAAUAUUCUUGGCCUAAAUAAUAAUAUACUUGUGAUCUUUCUUGCAUGAAUA